AUGAAGGACGAGGGGUUUCAGCCGGAUAACGGGACAUGCCAUGCCGUCUUGAAGGUUGUGUCUGUGCAUCUGGACCAUUUGCUGAGGACCGAUAUUCUGGAUUACAUGCAGAGGAGGUGGUACAAGUUGAGUAGUGAAGGCGCGCAUGAUGUCGUGGCCGGAAUGCUGCGUGAUGGUCUUUUUGAGCAAGCCCUCCACAGAUUAGACGAGAUGACGAGGACUGGGCCGGUUGAUAGCUGGCUUUGGGACAUGGCAGUGUACAUGCUCUGCGACGCCGGUGAGCUCGAGGAGGCAUUUCGUAUUAUGCGCAUGCGUUUCGAUACAGGCGAGCUCCAGAUCAGCCGGAACUUGUGGUAUUAUCUCUUGGACAAGGGAAGUGAAGCGCGGCAUCACGAUGCGACGGCUCUCGUCUGGAACAGCCAGGUCAAUCCAGGCUUCCUCAAUCCAUCUUCUGGGACUUGUCUGAACGUGCUGGCUACCGCGGCGAGAACAGGAGAUGCAGUCAUGGGUACUGAAGUCUUCACCCAUCUCAGCAAGCGUGGUACGGCAUUCCAACCUGUCCAUUAUGAGCUCCUCAUCUCCACAUACCUCUCGACAGACCCGCCGGACCUCAGACGCGCUAUAAGUAUCCUCACCAUCAUGCCCUUGGAGAAACUGGAGCCUACAGUUAUGGAGACCCGCGCACUGUUUCACUAUCUGCGCGACAAGCCCGAACUACUGAAAGAAGCCUUCACCAUCUUACGAGAGCUCCAUGACGGGGAGCGCGAAAUACCUAUCGCGGUCCUGAACCUCCUGAUUGAAUGCUACGUCGACCAGAAAAACCUUGCAGGGGCGAUGAAGAUCUAUAAGCUCAUCCACACCUUUGCCCCGGAGGGUAAAGGCCCGCAGAAGUCGUAUGCUAAUAUCGACACGUUCAACCUUUUGCUGAAAGGCUGUAGAACAGCAGAACCACCAGACGAGCAACAGGCAUCUUUCCUCGUCUCGGAGCUCCUAGCUCUGAGGAUCGCUCCUACACAGCUCACGUACGAUCGGGUCAUCCUCGUCUUCCUAGAAGCUGGCAAGGCCGCGUUGCGACUCGCUUCGGAGCUGGAGGAUCGUAGCGCUGCUGAGAAGGAAUCGGCCAAGGGCAAGGAAUUGCUGGACUGGGGAUUUCGAUACUUUGCCGAGAUGCAGCCUUUGGAUUGGAUGCCGCGAUUUGGUACUCUGGAGCUAUUAGCCGUCGAGCUCGCGAAGCUUGGAGACGGACGUGCCUGGGACGUGCUACAAGUCACCGAAGAUCAUCGGGAACAUGUCGCAGGUUAUGAAAAGAAGAAAUACUAUUUGAGGAAGAACGUCGAGGAGGCUUGGGCGCGACAAGAUCCUCCCGAGGAGGACGAGAGCUCAUCAGAUUCCUUUGGCCCUGCGGCUACGGUCUCUGCAUGA